AUGUCAACAUACAGAUCAAGGAGAGCCAUCCCUUCAGCUAUAAAUACCCCGAUUACAGUAAGAGUACACAAGGUAAAUAGUACAACAGGUUCGGAAGCAGAAAGAAUUUUAACAAGUUUCAUUGAUGCAAGUGAGAUAAACAUUUCAGGAAAAGGUACCGCAGAAACUAAUGCCACAGGUAUUUCUGGAGGAAAUGAAAGCCCGGCCAUUGUAUCGCAAUUGAAAAGAAUUCAAAGAAGCUUGAGAGGGUUGCCUCCACUUAUGAGCGAAGAACAAUUUAGCAAGUCAAAUGCUUCAUUGGAAGAUGCUGAACGUCCCAACAAAAAGAUCAAGUUUGAUGAAUCUGAUGACAGUUUAUCCAGUGAAAAAGUAACAGAAGCUGGAGUGGAAGAGGAGGAUAAAUCAAAUGAGGGCAUAGAGGAAGUGGUAUCAGAAGACGAAAAAGUCGAGCACAAAAAGGAAAAGAAGAGCAAAAAGGACAAAUCUUCUAAGGAAAAAGAUGAAAAGAAACAUAAGAAAAAGCACAAGCAUAAGGAAGAGUAG